CAUCUGCCUCUAUAUCUAUAGUGUCUCCAUCACAUGACGCUGUGACAGAAAUUGCCCAUCCAGACCUUGCAGCAUCUGCUGUGUGACUUUAAACAGGAAAGAUUAUUAUACUCAGAGACUAAUACCCCAAGGAUGAGGCUUUUUCAGAGGGAGAAGAAUAAGACAGGGGAAAGAGAAGAGGGAGGAAACUGUGGGAUGAGGAAGAGGAGGGAAGAGCUGCUCUACAUAAAGGAGGACUGCUUGACCCGAGAAAGAAUCUGUUCUUCCUGAAAGUAUUAAGGGAGGCAAUCUUGAGCUGUGGCAACCCUCUCAGAAAACUGCAACUUGACAAAGGAGGCAGGUGCAGAAACUAAAACUGCUUGUGUGAAAGAGUUUGUUUGUUGUUGCUGCUGAUAGUUGUAUCUGAGUGAGCAUGCAGGUGUUGGAGAACAAGUUGUCGGUGCGACGCUGCCUCACCUUCGUUACGGGCCUGGUGGAGUGUCUGUGCUUCGCCGGGGUCGUGUUCGGAUGGGCUUCUCUUGUUUUUGUCCUCAAGGAGGACGGCUACUUCAGCUCUCUGUGCUUUAACACAACAGGAGUCAAUGGCACUCAGAUAUUAGACUGCAGUGCACAAGAUGAGCAGUUUUCACUUAUUUUCACCAUCACCUCUUUUAUAAACAACUUUUUCACGCUGCCCAACGGCUUCCUUUUUGAUCACUUUGGUACCACAGUGGCUCGACUCUUGGCAAUAUUUCUUUACACCACUGGCUCCCUGAUGGUGGCGCUCUCUUCGCCGGCUCUGUCUUUCCUGCUCUUCCUAGCUCUCCCCCUUUUGGCUAUCGGAGGCAUUUUAUUUCUGAUCACAAACAUGCAGAUUGGAAACCUGUUUGACUCACGUCGCUCUACCAUAAUCAAUCUUUAUAAUGGAGCUUUUGAUUCUUCCUCAGCACUCUUCCUCAUCAUUAAGUUGUUACAUGAGUCUGGCGUCUCUCUCCGCACUUCCUUCCUCUUUCUGUCGGCCUGCAGCGUCGUCCACAUCCUCAGGACGUUCUUCCUGCUGCCCAGAACCUUCAUUCCUCACCCACUGCCUGAUCGCUACGCGUACGGGGUUUCUUGUGGUCCACUAGAGACUAUGAGCAGUGAGGUGACUGCAAACAGCUGUGCACUUACAGGAGCAGAGGACACACCGUUUACAAAGGACGUCCCUCUAAAACAAGAGAAGACUUUCCGAGAGUGUUUGCUGUCCAGGUUCUUUGUGGGCCACCUGCUCUGGCUGUCGGUGAUGCAGCUCAGGCACUUCCUCUUCAUCGGGACCCUCAACCCCAUGCUGCUCAGGCUGACAGACGGAGAUUCCUCUCUGGUGAGCCAGUACAUCAACGCCUUUGCUUUCACCCAGCUGUGCGCUGUGCUGUGCGCUCCCUGGAACGGCCUCAUCAUGGACAGACACAGGGGAAAACCUCAGGCUGCCGGAGAGACGGUGCAUGAGGCCGACCUGCGGGCGUCUGUGCUUUCUUUAUUCCUGACUGCGCUGCAGUGCGUCUUGUUCUCUCUGUGUGCCUCCAUCCCCUCCCUGCCGCUUCAGUACCUCACCUUCAUCCUGCAGGUGCUGAACCGCUCCUUCCUCUACGGCGGCAUCGCAGCCUUCAUCAGCGUGGCGUUUCCAUCGUGUCACUUCGGGAAGCUGUAUGGUCUUGGUACGUCGCUGGCUGCGUUGUUUUGUCUGCUGCAGUAUCCCUGCUUUGCUCUGGUGAACGGAGCUCUGGGUGGAGAUCCUUUAUACGUGAACAUUAGCCUGACGCUGCUCAGCUUGCUGCCCUUCGUACAUCCCCUCUCUGUUUACCUCCACUGUCGAAAACUCGCCUCUCUGAGAGACAAGAGGAAAACCACAGCUUUCUCCUCUUGAAGCCCACUGACUGAUGGGACAAUGUCCCCCACAUGAAUGACUGUGCCAUUGUACCAGUUGUGACAAACAGAUUCACUGUGCUGGGUUUGAAAAUAAAUUAUGGGCAUAAGCUUUAAUUAAAUGUUAACCCAACUGUUUAUCUAGCAGAUUUUAUAUACUGAAUUUCUCUCAAGUAAGAAAUGAACACUUAUUAUGGGUUGUCCUUGAAAUGUUACAGACCGGAUGAGGCUUAUUUACCAGAUAAUUUCAUAACAAUCAUAGUGGCUUGCCUAAAAUUUUACAGUUUAGCCGCCCUGUUGAUGAAAGGGAGUCUGUAACUCAGCAACACACACAUCUUGUUUCUCCUGUCUAACCCAAAGAUCACAUGAGCAUAAAUCUAAAUACUGCAGAGGUGUUAAAGUUGCCAGAUCUGUCUCACAUCAGAACAGGCCCAUUUACAGAUCCAACUGUGAUUUUAAAAAAUAAACAAAUAAUUGUUUUCGGUCAGGAAGGUUGAACUUUUAUGUUCUGGGUAUGCCCCUAGUUUCUCUGCCCAGUUGAAAUAUAAAAAAACAUCUGGUGGUGUCCAUAAUGUGUCCUGCUUGAGCAAAUACCAACCAUCCUGCUGUGCAGUUUCAGAAUAUGGAAACACUUUUGGGAGACCUUUCAAAGAUUCAAAGAAGACUGUGUAAUGAACAAGUCAAAACUUUUGUCUGGAGUCUGAAUUUGCAGAAAGGCGACUGCUUCAACUAGUGGGCUGUAAAAAUCCACAAACCUACCUGACCCCUCUCCGUGGGUCAAUACCUGAGAAACACCAGAUACUCUCCAGAGACUAAGUCGAGAGUUCAACUUCAGUGUGGAGUUUAUUCAGUCUGUAGUUGGUAAUGCUCAAGGUAAUAAUGAGGCAUGGCUUGACUCCCAGUUUCAGAAUCACAUUUUGCCAAACUUUCCGCCCUGCAGACGGUGGACCCAGAUGAAAAAACAACCUGUAUCUUGUUGGAAAAGGCCUGUCGAUCACCAAGCUAUGCAUACUGCUCAACCACAUUUAUCAUCUUCUAAUCCUUUUAAUUUGUUUCAUGGUUUCACCUCACAUACUGGAGCUCUUACUUGGCGCAAAACAAAAGUUGAUUAUAUGAUGUUAGCAUCAUUUUCUUGAGACCUUGUUUUUUCUUUCAUCUAAUAAAUUUUUUUCUGUAGCUGA